GACAAUUAAACAAAAAUUUCCGAUUCUUUUCAAAUCACUUCCAUUCUGUACCCAUGUGAAAUGCCUUCGUUGUAACAAAAGUUACGUCACCUGAUGCCACGUGACACCGCCUUUGGAGGAAAACAAAAACCCACAAGUGACUUCCGGUGUUGGGAUCAAUCCGAAAAAAGCAAAACAUUUGAAUCAUCCAAAAUGUCGCAUCUAGACCGAAGUUUUGUAUUUUUUUCGGAUUAAUUAUAAAAUAGGUGGCAUAUACCUAAUCGCGAUGUAUAAAUUGUAUGGUGCAGUGGUGCCACAAAAGUUAUCGGGCUGCGUGAUGAUCCUCGCAACUUGAGUUUGAUUCCCGGACAGGGCUAACAUCAGUGGCAAAUGAAAUCUUAACUGCUCCUUAGCCUCCACUUGUUUUCUUUUCAUCACUAAUUCACACUGAUCAGCAUAGCGGUGAAGUAUUGCCAAACAACCUCUCUUGAUACAGCUGGGGAAGCCUUCAGUCGGGGCUGUAAAAAGUAGAAAAGGGUGCUGUGUAUAGUAAGAUUUAAGGAACGUUUUUCACAUCAGGAGUAGCUUUGAUAUUGGAACUCCAGCCUCAUCAAGAAUGUUGUGUUCGUUACAAACGCGAGUUGAUGUCCCAAAUGAGAAGCCAAGGAAAACGAGCGAGAGCAAAGGAGCGUUAUAUAGGGCUCCAUCGUGACAGCCUCAGACCAGUCAUGCGGACACUUUAUUUUCCAACUCUGUGGUCAGAAACAAAGCGAUUAUUGAACACCCUCAGCGUCACGGUGCUCACUGUGGGAGGCGCAGGACAUUGGUUGGCAAGAGCUCUUCACGUCUCAUGUGACAGCAUUCCAAACGUCGGCUCGGUAAUUCACCACGAGUUUGUACAGUACGAUGCAAUGUCAUCUCGGCCACCCGGUUAAUUUAGGCAGUCGAUUGCUCUAACGAUUAUCGGUUUGAUUCCUCCACCGGUCGGAUGAGAUGUGCCGCCGGACGGGGGAAUUGGUGGGUCAAGGCUUGCUGAGGUAAUUGGCAUCAACAGCCGUGCAAUGCUGGGCGUGACUUUUAGGGGGGUUUCCCACCUUCGGGAGGCAAGAUGUAGGGGCGUCUCUGAUUUUAAUGAGGCCCUGAGAAAUCGAUCAGAAUAAAAUAGUCGAGGACGAUGUUUUGAUGGUAUAUCGACGAAUCCAUUCCGGCUCGAAGCGCAAUCGUUGCGACCCGCAUCUCAGUAAAAACGCUGCGCUGUCCAAAUAUCCCACGAGUGAGUGAGAACACUCUUUCACCAAACCAUCUGUUUGCAGCAUCAGCGUCGGCAACUUUUUUGUUGCGAAAUAUUCAUCAUUCCGCGAAUACGAACGCGACCGUGCCCUGCUGUGUCGUUAGCCUCACGUCCUGCGUGUUUUCACCUCGCGCCGCAUCAUUUUCACUUGCCAGCGAAUAAUUGCGCGUAAAAAAAUAUACAGUUAGGGGUCAAAAUGUCCUGCAAACACUCUCUUGUCUCCCUUAUGUCCACACCAUGCGCUCAUUGAUGAAGGGGAAUUAUUAUUAUUAUUAUUCAACACUUACAAAAAGCUCCGGCUGCCAGGUUUGCGCCAGCUCUGUUCGUUUCAUCGUGGGUAUUAAAGAUGCAAAAAGUGCCCCCAAAUGGGCCCUCUUCCCUCGAACCAAAGUGGGUUUCCAGAACACGUGUACGGACAUGCAGUUGCCAAGGGUGGAAAUGGUUCCGUGACAUCUUAGUGACACCGCAUGUCGCAAGCGGGCUAACGAGCGAGUGGCCGUGGGUUUCGAAGCGCCGCGGGAGGGCGCGCGGGCAAUUCCUGCGAGCGUCGGCGUUGCUACGCCGCCGUCGCCGAGCCGCGUCCCGAAACGACGGACUUCGUCGCGCGCGCGCGGGAGAGGCGGGGGUGGAAGGUGCAGCCACGCCGCUGCACUCAAAGCGGCACCCAUGGCCGCAAGAGUGGACGACGUUGGUCAACCGCGACGCGAUUUCGUUGCACAGGACGAGAUAUGGAAACGUCACGUUAAUGCCGAACUGGAAGCGGCAAAGAGGUGGCCGAACACGUGGGGCUUUCUGACUGCCUCUCCGCAGGAGUCGCGGGUGACACGGAGCUGGACGGGGAUCCGGUGGAGCUGUGACCGACAGCGCAGUGGCAGCCUCCUGCGCUUGCUGGCGAAUAUAAACGCGGGGGCCGCGAGAGCCGUCGCGUCGAGCGGCGGCGGCGGCGAUAAAGGGAGCCUCGAUGCAUGCGCAGCCAAGACUCAAUUUCCCUGCUUAAAGAUGAAAUCCCCCGUGUGGAGAGUAAGUCGAGAGAUGAAAUUCCAGGUGAUGGCCAUGCGACUCCUGCCACUCCAGCCAAAUCAGCAGAGCAGCAGCGGGAGGUGGUGGACGCCGCCCCCGUGGACCUGCCACGCACCUCGCAGGGCGUCAUCGGCUGGCGGUUGGAUGGGCCAGGCCCGUCCCUCGACCACUACGGCCCCCGCGCCCGCGGGAAACGCGACCUCUGCAAGAUGCUCAAGUGGCCGCGGGAGGGCUUCGAUUAGCCACGUGCACGCGGGCAAGUGGGUAGCACGAGGCCAAAGCAUGUCGAGCAAAAGCUUAGCCGCCCCGAGUAUCAGAGUAUGUAUUCAUCCCGGGGGAAUCCGAUGAGCUAUAGCGCUCUUUUUCACAGGUGUCCAGUAGUUUUCACAAAUCCGAAUAAACACAAUUAACUAAAUAACAGAAACAAGGCAAUUCAUCUAACCAGUGUCUGGCUUAACUGCAGCUCUGUUCACUUAUUUCACUAAAGCUCUAUUUUUUUGUCUCUAUUUCUUAUUGUUGGAAGGGCGACUGGCCUCCAACUGCCCAGUAGCGGCGUCCUUUAUGAGCUUCCUCUAAAUGUUACCCAGUGGCACACGCACACGCAUCAAGCCUCCUGUACUGGUGGUCAGGGUCAUGGGGUAAAUCGGGCACGUGCCUCUUAUCAACCAACAUUUAGUUAAAGCCGAGUUGUUUUUUUAUUGUCAAUCAUCGAUAAUAAUCGUUUGACGAAUCGAUUAAUGAGAAAAGUCAUCGAUUACUGGGAAAGCUCGUGCGAUAAUCGAAGCAAACGCCCAUCCAUAGUGCCGGCUUCUUCUCUUCACGAGUAUCAUCUGAGAGGUGUAGCCAACUGAAUAGGCCCGAGGAAAAUGAAUAUAUCUUAUCAGCUAACCUAUUCAUAAAGAUGUGUUAAGUAGGAAGUCAAUGUUUUCAUUUUAGUGUCUUUUUGCCCUCAUCUGCGAUGCAUAAUCUGUGGAGGAACAUUUUUGAGAUCUUUUUUAACGAUAUUAUUGCAGUGCAGCGUGCAUUUUGAGAUUUCAGUACAGAUUCAUGCAUUAACUAUCGUGUGAUUUUACCACUCGUUCGUGUUUUUCCUUGGGUUAUUUUCUCUUUCGGAGGUGUAACGAUGCAUUGUCGACUCAUACACUAACAUUGGUCCUGCGCUUACAAUAAACGAUGGAUUGCAGGUGUACAAAUUCAUCUUAGUAUUCGUAUAUCUUAUACAUUUACUUCCUUGUGAGAAAGAAUUUGUUCUCAACUGAAACUGCGAUUACGGAUGAUGACAAUUUAUCGAAUUGCCGCUGUGAAGAGAGCAUCGGUGUGGUGAAGAGUUACAAGUCGACCUUAAAAUGCUCAUGGAAAUGGAACGUUUGGCAAUUGUGAAUAACAGGAAUGUGGAUGCCACCUUUGCAAUUGAUAUAAUAUCUGUGCUGAUAUCGCUUCGCACUUCGGGGCCUCCGACAAGCCUGUUAGGUUUUAUUUGUUGUUGUUCAGCAAAUCCUUUAAUGGUGGACUUCUCUGUGGACCACUGGCUUGGCUCUUUGCGGUUUUGAUCUUCAUCUCUCGCGAUGUGUUUUGUAGGCAGCGCGCGUAGCCGACCCUGCUAAUCGGCGGUUCGGGGGAAGGACAACAAACUAAACACAAAAAGCAAUCCUAUAGUGUAUGUAUGUUGAACUUCUUUCGCACCGUGCGUAGCCGACCGUGCUAAUUGGCGGUGCGGGGGGGACGUACUACCUUGAAAUUUGCAGUAGUCCACUCACCAAACCUCUCUUGGGUGUCUCUUUGCAACCCAUAAAAAAACGACAAGAUUCAUGUCCUUAGGAAAAGCGAAACGUCGGAGACAUCACACUCCCCCCACUCCCCCUCCCCCCCCUCCCAAAAAAAACAUUGAAAAUCCGUCUCAUUGUGUGCGUUUGUGAUUUUUGUUUUUGUCACGUAACGCACAGCAGUUGGCCGGAGCGAAAAUGUGAAAUUGUUAAGGCCUCUUUUAGUGCGAUUCUGCGAUCCGUCUUCUGACCACUGUAUGAAAAAAGGGCAGAGGGAGUUAACAUCGUAGUCGAGGAUUGACGCUGCUGAU